CAAAGUGUCACACACCUUCUAAUGGCACAGGCAUCGACCAAAUAAGGACAACUGGCCAAGAAGUGUGUCCCACUGCCUGGUAUAAAGAGGAGCCUUCACACUCCUGCACACAGCCCCUCUGCCUGUGCUGAUCUGACUGUCCAACAUGUGUGAUGAUGAGGAGACUACAGCUCUGGUGUGUGAUAACGGCUCUGGGUUGGUGAAAAGCGGCUUCGCUGGAGAUGACGCACCAAGAGCGGUAUUCCCAUCCAUCGUCGGUCGCCCACGUCAUCAGGGCGUCAUGGUCGGUAUGGGACAAAAAGAUUCCUAUGUGGGUGAUGAGGCUCAGAGUAAGAGAGGCAUCCUGACCCUGAAGUACCCCAUUGAGCAUGGCAUCAUCACCAACUGGGAUGAUAUGGAAAAGAUCUGGCACCACACAUUCUACAACGAGCUGCGUGUGGCACCCGAGGAGCACCCGACCCUGCUAACUGAGGCUCCUCUCAACCCCAAGGCCAACCGAGAGAAGAUGACACAGAUCAUGUUUGAGACCUUUAAUGUUCCUGCCAUGUAUGUGGCUAUCCAAGCCGUGCUCUCCCUCUACGCUUCCGGCCGCACAACAGGUAUCGUGCUUGACUCGGGUGAUGGUGUGACCCACAAUGUGCCCAUUUAUGAGGGUUACGCUCUUCCUCAUGCCAUCAUGAGACUGGAUCUGGCUGGUCGGGACCUCACAGACUACCUUAUGAAAAUCCUCACUGAGCGUGGCUACUCCUUUGUAACAACAGCUGAACGUGAGAUUGUGCGGGACAUUAAGGAGAAGCUAUGUUAUGUGGCAUUGGAUUUUGAGAAUGAGAUGGCUACAGCUGCCUCCUCCUCCUCUUUGGAAAAGAGCUAUGAGCUGCCUGAUGGACAGGUGAUCACCAUCGGAAACGAAAGAUUCCGCUGUCCCGAGACUCUCUUCCAGCCUUCUUUUAUAGGUAUGGAGUCUGCUGGAAUUCAUGAAACAACGUACAACAGUAUUAUGAAAUGUGAUAUUGACAUCCGUAAGGAUCUGUAUGCAAACAAUGUCCUCUCUGGUGGCACCACCAUGUAUCCUGGUAUUGCUGACCGCAUGCAGAAGGAAAUCACAGCCCUCGCCCCUAGCACAAUGAAAAUUAAGAUAAUUGCUCCUCCUGAGCGCAAGUACUCUGUUUGGAUUGGAGGCUCCAUCUUGGCCUCUCUCUCCACCUUCCAGCAGAUGUGGAUCAGUAAACAGGAGUAUGAUGAGGCUGGACCCUCCAUUGUCCACCGAAAGUGCUUUUAAACAUCACUGCAUUGACCAUCUCCACUGCUACACUCAGUCACCUUCACAAUUACUCAAGAAUGCAUUAUUUAGAGACACAAGCGCCAUUUUAUGUUGCACUGGAUUUAUAGGUACAGGUUCCCUAUUAAACAAUGAUCUGGAUUUAUUGUGUGUUUAAAUGAAAUCUGCUGGGAUUUGGAGUAGCUUAUGGCACUCCAUAGGCUACACCAACAAGGAGGACAUGAAUAUAUGUAUUGUAUACAUU